GUUCAUAAUUAUUAUAAUAAGUGGAUGGCUGAGGAAAUUAAAAAGCUAAUGCCUACAGGACAAUUUCAAAAGCCUGCUUACAACAUUGUUGCUCAGGACAAUUCUAUGCUGCAUAUUAUCGUUGAAGAUGAAAAUAAUAAAAGGUCUAACGAAUCAGUUGGGAAUUAUAAAGGUUUUGGUAAAUCAGUUGGGAAUUAUGAAGGUUCUAGUGAAUCAGUUAGAAAUUGUGAAGAUUUAAACGAAUCAAUUAUAAAUUGUGAAGAUCCAAACAAAUUGGUUAUAAAUUGUGAAUAUUCAAAUGAAUUAAGUGGAAGCUAUAAAGAGUCAAACGAAUCAAGUGGAAGCUGUAAAGAGUUAAACGAAUCAAGUGGAAGCUGUGAAGAGUUAAAUGAAUUAAAUAGAAACAAUAAAGAGUCAAAUGAAUUGGAUAAAGACUAUGAAAAGUUAAAUGAAUCGAAUAAAGACUAUGAAGAGUUAGAUGAAUUUUUGAAAUUUGUGAUGAUAAUGAAAGGUCUAGUCAAUUUUUUUGUAAAAACAAUCCUAUUCUAG